AUGCCGUCGACGCUUUCGCAGACGCAGUUUCGGCGCUACAACGAGAAACUGGGAGAUGCUCCGUCUCCUAACAAGGACGUGUUGCCACUAAAGACAGGAACCAAGCCUGCUGUGCCUGGAUUUGACCCGGUGUUGAAUCAGUCGGCACAGCUGAACUCGAUUCUAUACAGUGGAGCUCCCGGAUACCAGCCCCCUGCCCCGGUAGGAGCUCCUAUGGUGAGCAAGAAAGGCAAGAAGGUGUUGCCGGUGCCUCCUCAUUGUGGAAACCUGCCGCCGCCUCCGGGUCUAUUUUACUCUUAG